GAAGUCAGAACAACAACACAAUGGCGGAAGUUUGCCAGUGUGUUUUGUGUUUGUCAUUGCUCCAACUGCCCUGUGUCAGGGAACGGUCAAAUGUCGUCUAAAAGGUAAAGUGCUCCAGGGAAUGAAUUCUGGACACGUGUGGCAUGCACGGAGUAUCGAGCAGCUUCUCAGGGACGUUCUGCCGAACACUUGCAGCUGGCAGUGUAUCCAUAUCAGUGUUCGUUUUCAUCCUGUUUUGUUACUUCAAUGAAACUUCGUCCCCUCAAAAUGGGCACCACUGGCUGAGAUUGAAGUCUGCUGGGAGCUCAGUUCGCUCCCCUGACUCACAGAGCACGUAUUUGUCUCGUCAGCGGAGCUUGAAUGCAGACGACGGAAACUCCAGUAACCUAAUCAAGUUUGACAUAACAGCUUCCGAUGUCAUCGUAUUCCUGCAAAUACAAAACGCGGGAGCGAACUUCUUCGAACGCCAUUUAAUUCGGGACUUAAAUUUGGAGCAGCCGUGCAGCUGUUGGCGCCAAAAAAUAUGUCGCUGCUACAGGCCAGGAACGAGGACUACCUGGUUGUUCAGCCGGUACACCUUGGGCUGGAAAUGUGGUGUCCAUCCAGACUGGACCGAGUUGACGAACUGCGUGGACCGAGUCCUCGACGAAGACGAAGGACGCCCUGUUAAGCGACGGUACUUCUACAUAACAGUACUUCGCGAUCCGGUUACCCGUUUUCGCAGCGAGUGGCACCGUUUCCGACAGAACCGUGGCUGGCACGGCAGUCGUCCCCACAGGUCGCGCUGCUCAAGCGGCAUCGCGUCGGACGCACUCACGCAGCCCUGCUUUGAUGGUCGCCAUCCUACCAACGUCACAUGGGACGAAUUUUUAUCCUGCUCCACCAACCCCGCCCUGAACCGUCAAACCCGCAUGCUUGCAAACCUUGGUCUCAUAGACGCUUGCUCCGAAACGGCGUCCGGGGUCAUGAGACCCGAGGAUCGAGACCUCGUGCUCUUGUCGAGUGCUAAGCUGAACCUGCAGAAGAUGGCAUUCUUUGGGCUUGCCGAGUUUCCCAAGCUUUCUCAGAGCAUGUUCGAAGCCACUUUUAACCUGAGCUUUAAGAGGCGAGCACGUUCGCGAAAUUUUUUACGUGGACGGAGGUACGGGAAGAAGUUCAUGGAGGAGAAGAUGCCCGGGCAGGUCGAGAGAGUCACCGCAGCGAAUAGCCUCGAUGUUGAGCUGUACAAUCAUGCGAAGGAGUUGUUGUUCUCCAGGUUCGAGAAGGUAAAAGGGAAGGACCCGGAAUUGUCCGAGGACGAGAGGGAGGUCAUGGAGCCGUACAGCGGCGAGGAUUGGGCUGAUGAGGAGGACUUGUCGGAUUUGGUUGCGGAAUAAGGACUAGCCAAAAUAAUUUCAUCCGCAGCAGUGCCAUGAUGUCCCCAUAAUGCUGUUCAAGAGUUUCCUAUCAUGAAUGCGACUACUGUUGGGUGAGAGGGGGAUAUCUCUCGUAGCAUCCUGAUGAGUGUAUUUAUGUUAUAUCCCUAAGUGGAGACAAAUGCAUUUGAUGGUUAGUGCUGCUCCAGUAUAAGUUCCACUCAUACCAACAUUUUUAUUGAGCAUUAGAGUCGUGCCAUCGUCCGCUAUUUACAAAGAAAAUUCAGUUGCUAUUUUGAUGUUCCGUUCAACUUGCCUUACGUUGCCUUACAUUUGUUAGUUGUUGCUUUUACUUGUAAUAUGUUUUAAUUUGUGUCAGCUUCAGUAUUUUGCUGAAGAAUGUUGUCACUCGUAAGCUAUUAAUGGAUGCUGGAAAAUUAUGGUGGCAGUUCAUGCGGUGCCGUCAGUUACCCAAUGGGAAGCUGUAUGAGAAGCAUAAGUAAUUUUAUGUGUAAACCGCUAUACAGCUGGGAGUCCUAUGCAGCUGAAUCUUAGUUGUGCCAUCUUUUUGUUUGACCAGUACGUACUUGUUUAUUCGAUGGCAGACAUGUGCUACGUAUCGGUUGUUCAUAUCUACCAUGUCAGCAGUACUUGUGUUUAGCUAGAAUGGCAGCAAGCAGAAUGAGAAAUGUAUAUAUUUUUCUGAUAUGAGAAGUGAUACAGCCAAGCAAUUGCCUUGGUUGCACCAAUGUCCAAAGACGUUCUCAGGUCAAGAUUUAUAUCCCACGCUUUUUAUGUGCAGUGCAGAACACUUUAUACGAAGCAUCAUGUAUCUGCAUGUUUGUUAUACACAAAUGGUAUCCAUUUGAAGCUACACAUUCUUUUUCAUAAAAAGACCAGUUGUUAAGAGAAGAGUCUGUUCUGGUAUAAGCAUGGUUAUCGAUGUCCUUGCCUGGUACAUGAUCAGGCACAGAACAUGAGCUCGGUGGUCCUCUGCUUAUUUCUUGUUCUCCCAUGCCAGUAAUGUUUUGAUGUAGUUGUGCACGAGAAAAUAUACGUGGAAACAUA